AUGCAGGAACUCAACGGAUCUGCUGGCCAGGGAGCACCCAACGGUACCAACGGUACGCGCUUUGGUCAUGCUUCCAAGCCUUCCAACAGCGAUACUGGCUUUUCGCAUGGGGCCUUCACCUCUAACGUCUCGGGCUUUGCUGACCGUCACCCUCGUCGCGCAAACAUUCCCUCGCUCAACACUCAGAACAUGAGCCAGAACCAGGCGAAUGGCCACGAUAUGACCCCAGGCACGGCUUUUGACAUGCAGUUCACGCCUCUGCUCCCCUCGCAGCUGCUCCUCGGUAGCCCCUUCCAGCCCGGAAGCCCAGCCGCCUUUGGCAGCCCUCAGUUUCAGGGCCUGUCUGCUUUCCAACAGACUCAGCACCAGCAGUCCAACGGCCAGCAGCACAAUGGCGGCAUUUCGAGCCCUGUGCAGGGCAACAUGUCUCCCCAGAAUUACCAGGCUCUAGUGUCUCCUUCGACUUACGGAGCGCCCUCAUUCUUCCCUCCCCAGUCGCCUACUGGAGCUUACGGUAUGCAGAGCCCGAUUCAGCCUACGUCUCCCGUUUCCAUGGGCGCUGGCGUGGUGACUGGCACUAGCCGAACCGUCUAUCUCGGCAACAUUCCUCCGGACACCAGCGCUGAGGAGAUCCUGGGCCAUGUUAGAAGUGGUCAGAUUGAGUCCGUCCGCCUGCUGCCCGACAAGAACUGCGCCUUCAUCUCUUUCCUGGAUGCUAGCUCCGCCACCCACUUCCACUCUGAUGCCAUACUGAAGAAGCUGUGUAUCAAGGGUCAAGAUAUCAAGGUUGGCUGGGGCAAGCCGUCCCAGGUCCCCACGUCCGUCGCGCUCGCUGUCCAGCAGUCUGGCGCGUCCCGAAACGUCUACCUGGGCAACCUGCCUGAGGAGGUCUCCGACGAGGAACUGCGCGAAGACCUUGCCAAGUUUGGUGCCAUUGACACCAUAAAGAUUGUUCGCGAGAAGAACAUUGCUUUCGUUCACUACCUGUCCAUUGCCAACGCGAUCAAGGCUGUGACCCAGUUGCCCCAGGAGGCCAAGUGGCAGGCCCCCCGCCGUGUGUAUUACGGCAAGGAUAGAUGCGCCUACGUCUCAAAAACUCAGCAGCAAAACGCCGCCCAGUAUUUGGGAAUCGCCCCUGGCUAUGCGCACAUGCUUACCGGUGCCGACCGCGACCUCAUCUCCAAUGCCCUCGCUCAGCAGUCCGUGGCUGCGGCCGCUGUCGCCACAAGCGCUGGCGGAAUGAACAACCUGGGCAAUCGAACCAUCUACCUCGGCAACAUCCACCCGGAAACUACGAUUGAGGAGAUUUGCAACGUCGUCCGAGGCGGUCUGUUGCACCACAUCCGCUACAUCCCAGACAAGCACAUCUGCUUUGUGACCUUUAUUGACCCCACAGCUGCCGCGUCAUUCUAUGCCCUCAGCAACCUGCAGGGUCUGAUGAUUCACAACCGAAGACUCAAGAUUGGCUGGGGCAAGCAUUCUGGUGCCCUGCCACCUGCUAUUGCUCUCGCUGUUAGCGGUGGAGCUUCGCGUAACGUCUACAUUGGUAACCUGGAUGAGACUUGGACGGAGGAGCGACUGCGCCAGGACUUUACCGAGUACGGUGAGAUUGAGCUGGUCAACGCUCUCCGCGAGAAGAGCUGCGCCUUUGUCAACUUCACCAACAUCGCAAACGCCAUCAAGGCCAUCGAGGCCAUCCGCGGCAAGGAGGAGUACAAAAAGUUCAAGGUCAACUUUGGAAAGGAUCGAUGCGGCAACGCCCCUCGCCAGGCCCAGCAGAGCUCAUCUCCUCGUGGUGAUGGCGUCUCGUCGCCGCCUCCCAACGGCUCACAGAACAGCAACUCGCCAUCCAACGGAAACACACCACAGCCGGCGGCAGCUCUGUUCAAUGCUUCAAACAAUCCGCUGACGAUGUACCUGAGCCACAUGCAACAGCAGGCUCACCAGCAGCAACAGCAACAGCAGCAGAUGUCGGUACAGCAAAACAUUCUGUUCAACACUGCCCAGUCGAAUGAUUUGUCACUAGACGUCCCUCAACAGGGCCCUAUUGGCGGACACGGACAGUCUGCUAGCAUUUCCAAUGGAUAUUCCAUGAACGGUGGCAUGUCCAAUGCCACUACUAUCGGCGGUCUGCUUGCCCCCGGCAACGGUCGUGGCCAGCACAGCCGCGCCGUCAGUCUCCCGGUCCUUGCGCCUGGAUUCGAGAACGGAGGCAUCAGCCCUUCGGAGAGCAACGGCAGCCACGGCGAGAGGCGUGGUCACCAGUACCAGGCCAGCUACGGUGGUAUGGGAGCCUCUGGCUUUGGCCUGGCUAUCCAGGGAGGCCUGAAUGGCUGGGUGGAAGAGGAAGUGGCCAACUAA